AAAUUUUAUUCGAAAAAUAAAAAUAAUUGUUUUCUUAUCAAUUAUUGAAUCUUUUUUUAGAACAAUAGCUUUGUUAAAGUUCUUUCAAACAUGAAUUUAAUAUCACCCAUUAGAACUAUAGUAUCAGCUACUAAAAAUACAAUCAAUGUUAGCGUUGGUGCUAAAUUGCGUCCUGCGCUUCCUCUUUUAUUUUUCGAGCGGUUCUUCCGCCGUGGAGUAAGUCAAAAUACAAGGCAACGGCGCCGACCUCCAGGUCUUAAAAGAGUGGAUGGUGAGUUUGUUAGAAGAGGUGAAAGACUACUGGACCAGUUUUAUUUGAAUUUCCACCCUGGUUUAAAUGUUAACAUCAUUGAGAAAAAUACAUUAGUGGCUAUGCGAGAGGGACGAGUGAUGAUAACAUGUGAAAAAAUUAACCCAAAAAGAGGAAACUAUGUAGUUGACAAAUAUUAUGGGAAAAUGUCUGCACCUGUUGUUUAUAAAAGAUUCAUUCAUGUCAUACCAUUUCCUCAAAGUCAAAAAUUUAAAUUAGUAGAAUUGAUAUGAAUGGGAUUUUUAUAUUUGUGUUUAAACUUGUAUAUAGAUUUGUUGAGUAAAGUGUUCUCAUAGUUUUUAAAACUAUGAUAAUUUCACAAUCA